UUGUAAAAAUAUUGUUACGUACUUCUUAAAAUGAGAUUUUAGAGGAAUUUUGUUAAGUUCUACCAUCUAAGUUGUUAAUGUAAUCAUUUUAUAAGUUUUAAGUAUUAGAAUCAAAAGAUUACCAUACAUUUAUUAAAGAGGAGUGCCGUUUUUAAGUAUACUAGUAACAGUAUAAUAUGGAGAAUAAUAAAACAAUUGUUCCACCGCAUCUUAAUGCGGAAGUCUACAGGUCAGAUACCACUGGCACCAGUACAUUGUCCUAUUUAGAUUAUAUUCGAAUUCAUCCAGAUGGAACAAUAUUAAUUGGAUGUUCAGAAUUAACCGGACGUUACUGGAAUGGAGGUGUCAAUAUCACACAGUGUGAGGGUAAAGAUAAAAAAUUUAAUAAAACUGAAAAAAAGAAUAUAAGCCUACCAAGUGGUACAGGGGAUGGAUGUUUUGUUGAAAAUUCUAACAAGGUAUUACUAUGUGAAGAUAGUGGUGCUGUCAGUGUGUGGACAACUAGUGAUGAAGCAUGGAAACAAUGGACCGAGGAGCUGUCAGUAGCUGAACAUGAUGAUAUGGUUCUCUCGGUUGACUGUUUGGAAUCUGGAAAGAAAUAUAUUACUGCAGGUGCUGAUGGAAAUGUGAAGGUAUGGGAUAUCUGUGACUUGGUUUGUGUAAGAAACUAUGACUCUGCUCACACAAUGGCAGUUAACACUGUCUCUGUCAGACCUAAAUCACACACCUUUGCGACUGGAUCAUUGGAUCAGUACAUUAGUUUGUGGGAUGAAAAUAUAUUUCAACCUGUUUGUGACAUUGUCAAAAACAACUGUGGUAUUCGCUGUCUACAAUGGUUAGAUGAGAAUUGUUUGGUAUUUGGAGAUGAUGCUGGUGUACUGAGCCUAUUGGAUAUUAGGAAGCCAGGAGAUGGUACCAAAUUAGCUGAAUUUCCUGCUGCUGUACAUCAAAUAGCUGUUAAGUCAGGUACAAAUAAACUGGCAGUAUGCUGUGACAAUAAAACAGUAACCGUGUGUGACAUUAUGUCAGAUAGCAAGAUUAAUAUCACAUAUAAGAAUGGAAAGAUGCAUAAUGGGUUUGUUAGAGGCUUGUCAUGGGAUGUGAGAGAUGAAGAUGUUUUAUAUUCUGUGGGAUGGGACGGGGAACUAUGUAAGCACAAUAUUAAUGAAAAACGUACAAAGGAAGAUUCUUAAUGUAUAUUUUCACAAAUAUAAAUAAG